AUGAGACUUAUCAAAUUGGAUGUCAAACUUCAAAACACAUUAUUUUGGGACAUCAAAACCCGGCUAACCAGGUCAUUGACCACAAUCGAGUGGAUUGAUACUAACGCUAGGGUUUACUCCAAAGAUACCAUUGAUUUGCUUUACAGCACAUAUGACUAUGAAUUCCGGAUUUUACCUAAAAUCUGUACUAUCUCUAUCAAAGGUAUCUCAGCUGGUGUGUUAGGAAUGGAGUUUCAAGAUUGA